AUGCUUCUCCUUGAUUACCAGAAUGUACUGAUCCAAUCGGUUCUUACCGAAAGGUUCUCCGGAGCCCCUCCUACUUCCAUCGACCAGACCGUCUCCGACUUCGAUGGCGUUACCUUUCAUAUCUCGACUCCCGAAACAAAGACUAAAAUUCUCCUUUCUAUCCAAAUAAGAUGUUUCCAGGAUCUAGUUCAAUAUGGCGCGGAGCAGGUUCUUCAGCGAGAAUAUGGUCAAUAUGUCGCACCAGUGGAGCCUGGUUACGACUUCUCUGUGCUCAUUGACCUCGAGAAUCUACCUGAGGAGAAAGAGGAGCGCGAUGCGCUUGCAAUGAAAUUUGCUCUUCUAAAGCGAAAUGCGAUGGCAGCUCCUUUUGAGCAAGCUUACCAGGAGCAUUACGAGCUGAAAGAACAGGCAUCAAAAUUCACUUCCGAAGAGGCCCCCCAAGGUGUUCGAGAAGGUGGCCAGGUAAAGGCGAUCCGCUACCGAGAAGAAGAAGCGAUCUACGUGAAGGCUAGCCACGAUAGAGUGACCGUCAUCUUCAGCACGGUCUUUCGAGAGGAAACAGACAGGGUAUUUGGCAAGGUGUUCAUUCAGGAAUUUGUCGAUGCUCGAAGGAGGGCUAUUCAGAAUGCUCCGCAAGUCUUGUUCCGAAAUGAUCCGCCUCUGGAACUGCAGGGAGUUCCUGGUGUACAGAACACUGGCACCGGAGAGAUUGGCUAUGUCACAUUUGAUUAUUUCCACUAUCACAUCAAAGCAUCCAAGGCCUAUAUUCACUCACGUAUGCGAAAGCGAACGGCAGACUUCCUUCAAGUGCUGCGUCGUGCACGCCCCGACAGCGAGGAAAAAGAGAGGAAGACUGCAAGUGGACGAUCAUUCAAGGUCCAAGGAAGCUAA